CCUCCAACAUCACAGUUCCCUAUUGGCCAUUGACGCUACGAAAGCCUAUAUUGGUCAAAAAUAGUUUACGGAAUUCUUCCUGCAAGUAGUUUUGUCUAUACUUCGAAAAAAAAACAUUCCGGCACGGGGUUACUUUUCUAUUUGUUUAGUAAUUUUCUCCCUGUGAAUACUCUGGCAAGCUGCGGUUUUAAUGUUUUGAACAUUAUCACUUCGGCUUUUUCCUACUGAGUAGGUCAAGGCAGUCAGCUAUCGGUUGCUAGCUUGCAGCUAGCCGUACAAGCUGGCAGUAAUGGCUGCAGUUAUUCUAAGUUUCCCGACUGUGCAAGGUUUAAGAAUAUUCACACGGAAUUUGUUAUGGACCAAAAGAGGAGUGAGACCUGUUUCAGGAGAUGUCGGGCGGAUAGAGAAGGUUCUCAUCGCCAAUCGAGGGGAGAUCGCUUGCCGUGUGAUGCGCACGGCCAAGAAAAUGGGCGUCCGCUCUGUGGCUGUAUACAGUGAUGCUGACAGACACUCCAUGCAUGUUGCCAUGGCAGAUGAAGCCUACCACAUUGGCCCGCCAGCCUCCCAGCAGAGUUACCUGUGCAUGGAAAAAGUUUUGGAUGUGGCCAAGAAGUCUGGCUCGCAUGCAGUCCACCCUGGGUACGGGUUUCUGUCAGAAAACACUGAGUUUGCAGAGGCGUGUAAACAGAAUGGAAUCAUCUUCAUUGGACCACCAUCCUCUGCCAUCCGGGAUAUGGGCAUUAAGAGCACAUCCAAACACAUCAUGUCAGCUGCUGGUGUGCCAAUCAUUGGAGGUUACCAUGGGGAUGACCAGUCAAAUGAGAGACUGCAAGCAGAGGCUGCGAAGAUUGGCUACCCUGUGAUGAUCAAAGCGGUUCGUGGAGGAGGAGGCAAGGGCAUGCGCAUUGCACGGUCCGAGUCUGACUUCUUGGAGCAGCUGGAGUCUGCAAGACGAGAGGCCAGGAAAUCUUUCAAUGAUGAUGUCAUGCUGAUUGAGAAGUUUGUAGAGGAUCCCAGACAUGUGGAGGUUCAGGUGUUUGGAGACAUGCAUGGUAAUGCUGUCUACCUCUUUGAGAGAGACUGCAGCGUCCAGAGGAGACAUCAGAAGAUCAUAGAGGAAGCACCAGGACCUGGCAUCAGUGCAGAGGUCAGGAGGAAACUCGGAGAAGCAGCAGUAAGAGCAGCUAAGGCAGUCAACUAUGUUGGAGCAGGUACAGUAGAGUUCAUCAUGGAUGCCCAGCAUAACUUCUACUUCAUGGAGAUGAACACCAGGCUGCAGGUGGAGCAUCCUGUCUCUGAGAUGAUAACUGGCACAGACCUAGUGGAGUGGCAGCUCAGGGUGGCAGCAGGGGAGCGCCUACCUCUCCUUCAAAAUGACAUCGUCUUAGGAGGUCACUCUUUUGAGGCCCGUAUUUAUGCGGAGGAUCCAAACAAUGACUUCCUACCAGGGGCGGGGCCUCUGCUACAUCUCUCCACGCCUCCGGCAGACCAGCACACUCGCAUCGAAACUGGAGUCAGAGAAGGGGACGAGGUAUCUGCUCAUUAUGAUCCCAUGAUAGCCAAGCUUGUGGUAUGGGGGGAGGACCGGUCCGCUGCCUUAAAGAAACUACGAUACUGCUUAAGGCAGUACAAUAUUGUAGGCCUGAGCACCAACAUCGAUUUCCUGCUAAGUCUCUCGGGUCACCCAGAGUUUGAGGCGGGAAACGUGAGCACCAGCUUCAUCCCUCAGCACUAUGCUGAUCUCUUUCCCACACCGAGAGCUCCCUCUGGGGCAACAGUCUGUCAAGCUGCCCUGGGCCUGCUACUUGAGGAGAGGAGACACACAAAGGAAUUCACACAGACCUCCAAGGAUCCUUUCUCUCCAUUUGGCUCUAGUAAUGGCUGGAGGAUGAACACCCACUUCCACAGAACCAUGACAGUGCAACUGGGAGACGAGAAAGUUGAUGUGGUUGUCACAUAUAACAAAGAUGGAAGCUACACCAUGCAGCUGCAUGAGGAGGUGUUCCAUGUAACGGGGGAGGUGGAGACAGAGGGUGGAGUUUCGUUUUUGCACUGUUCUGUUAAUGGUGUGAAGUCUCGGCCCAAACUGGUGAUGCUGGACAACACGGUUCAUCUGUUCUCCACGGAGAGCAGCUCGGAGGUAUCUGUUCCAGUUCCAAAGUAUCUGGCCGGUGUGAGCAGCUCUGGUGCUCAGGGUGGAGCGGUGGCACCAAUGACUGGGACCAUUGAGAAGGUGCUUGUGAAGGCUGGUGACAAAGUGAAUGUCGGGGAUCCGCUGAUGGUCAUGAUUGCCAUGAAAAUGGAGCAUACCAUCCGUGCACCCAAGACAGGUGUGAUUAAAAAGGUGUUCUUCAGUGAGGGCUCUCAGGCUAAUCGUCACGCUCCGUUGGUGGAAUUGGAGGAGGAGGAGAACCGGGAGGAUGGCCAGUAGUCCUGCUCAAGCACAGAGGCAGCGUUUAGUAAACUAGUUGUUGAAGCUGGAACAGUUGGAGGGAGAGUUGGGCUCAGUCUGAAUUGAACAAUUAUGCACUCAAACUGUAGUGGAAAGAAGUAAAAAAAAAACAUCUAAAGAGUCUGAAAUCAUCAAAACAGACAGUGGCCUUUUACACUUAUUGCCUACAUCAUUUGUAACUUGCUGUAAAAAUGGGAGUCUAGCUUCUCCGGUUGUGGUACCACUCUGUCUCCAUCAAGACUUCUUCCUGGCAGGGACACUGACGUUCUUCCAUGUUGUGUCUCUAACUGCAAGCAGGAAAAGAAUACAGCACUUGCUGAACAUGUACAAUAAUAUAAACUGUUACUGAUGAGUGAGGGGCAACUUUCUCAAUUAUGUUCUGCAAAGUGACUGCCCACAUGUAGACAUUAUCACAAUUUGUUUUCCUUGUUUUCAAAUGAGGCCUAUUAAAUAUAGCUUUUAUUGUUCAUGAAAUGUGUGUAUUUAAAAGUCAGCUAUUCUGCCAUUUUCUUCGUUUAAUCACUAUUUGUGUAUGCUAGCGUAGGCGCCAUAAUGAGUUCUGAUUCAAAGAGAAGGCAUCUGCAUUCGUGAAUCGAUCAUUAAAUCCUUUCAGAUGACACUGGGGGGGGAACACUCCAGAAUUUCAAGGGUGAAAGGUCAGAGCCACCACAUCCGUGCUUUGUAGGUUUCAUACUUAUUUUUAAAAGGCAAUUCUAAGAAUAGUGUAAUCUGUUAAUAAAUUGCUCUCACAUGCCAAGUUUGUAUUGUGCU